AUGACCGACGAGAAAGCAAAGUUACACCCCUUGAUUCCUGCACCUGGCAAGAAUCACAACCAGCGGGCAUGGCCGGUAGUACCUCGUCGAGUCCGAGCCAAAAAUGCCUCUCGUGCCUGCAGCGAGUGUCAAAAACGGAAAAUCAAGUGCAUCGGUACUAACCCAUGCAGGAACUGCGAAGAAAAUUCACUUUUUUGCGAAAUAAAUGAUGAAACAGAUGGGCGACGAAGGACCGCGUUGAAACGCAAAGUUGAAGACUUGGAGCAAGACCGCGAGUUUUUACUCAGACUAGUUGAAGCACUACGUGAUGAUGACCAGCAUGCAUUACAGCUUUUUAACCUCAUCCGAAGCAAUGCAUCGCUGGAUGACAUCCGACUGGCCGUGGAGAACCGAUUGACAGAUCGAUUUCCUCGGUCCUCACCAUCUUCGAGCUCGCUAAUGUCCAUUGAUGCAACCGGGACAGCUCAAGCUCAGACCAAUAAUGCCCAGGCAUGGAUCUCUAAUCCGUAUAAUAUUCACAGCCACCAGAGCAUGCGGCGACAAAUCAUGGAUAUUGAUCGACUCACUGAAAUCCCACUCUUCGAGCUUGCUGCGCAGCCUUGGACAGAGACAACGACAGAUAACGCAUUUAUCUCACAUCUUAUAUCCCUGUGGUUGUCAUGGGACCACGUCUGCCGGAAUUGGAUUGAUCAAGAUUUGUUCAUCAAAGCAAUGCAAUCUGGUGAUGUCAACUCGCCUUUUUGCUCGCCUUUUCUCGUCAAUGCGAUUCUGUCUCAGGCUUGUCUUUAUUCCAAUUACCCCGAAGCAUUCAUUGAUCCAGAUGAUGUCUCUUCUCGUGGACAGCACUUUUACGCGGAGGCAAAGCGACGUCUAGACGCGAUGGAAGGACGGGUAAACCUGACUACCGUCCAGGGGGUUGGUAUGCUCUACUUCAGCACUUGCCUAAUGGGAAAGGACCGGGUAGGGCUGCACUAUAUGUCACAGGCCUGUCAUUCAAUACGAGAGCUGGUUUCUCGAAGUGAUGAGUUUAUCGCAGCGGCGGGCCCUGAAGGAGAUCAAAUGACGCGGUCGAUCGAAAUCACCGUUCGCGGUCUUUUCAGCUUCUUAUCACUUGCUGGUCUCUCUUUACAAACUCCAGUCAUAAUGAAACCACCAAACCGCAAACAUCUCCCAGAAAGUCACGAUAGAACAGAUUCAUGGUGUCCUUACCCGCAGCGACUUCCUCCCCAACCAGCACAUCGCAAUUGUGUUCAUAAUCAGUCAUUUGAAUUGCAUCUAAUAAUAUACGAGGUUGUGGAUUUUUUCUACUCAGAUAAAGAACAGUCACGGCGUCAUUAUGCCGAUGUUGAGAAAGCAGUGCAUUCAUUUGAUGCUCGCCUGGCGGAUUGGUUCCGCAAUUUACCUAUCUGUAUCAGUGAGGGCCAGAGCUGGACUCCAGGUGUUCUAGAGCUUCAUAUGCGAUAUUAUGGUUACCGAGCAACAUUACACAGUUUGAUCAAAGUGCAUCCAUCAGCGCCGCAAGCUGCCUCCUCGGCGGCUCAUCAGCGAUGCAUUGGUUUUGUGCUUGCCGUACGGGAUCUCAUUCACACCCACCGAGCUAAGUGGAGGCGCAUAGAAUACCUUCCACUAGAAUACACACAGGUCAUCAUUGUCAGUCUAUUUACCUUGUUGGAUGAUCUUGCCACCAAUACUAGUCGAGAAGCGUUUGUGUACCUCGCCGUGUUAGCUCGUGCAAUGGCACGUCGAUUCCAGCUAGCUAGAGGCAUGCUGCGACUCGUUCAGGUCACGGCCCGGCAGGAGAAGAUAGCCCUGCCAGAGGAGGUCAGGCCCAUUUUCCAAGACUUUGAGGCGGAAUGGCACCGGACGCAUGACCUGGACAAGUUUAGUAGCUACUACCCAAAUUUUGUAGUUUCAUUACGGGGCACAUGGCGCACCAGUAUCGGCGAUUCCGAAACAGAAGGAUACGAUAAACAAGGAGGUGCAAGAGAAAAGCAUCGUGAGACACAUCAGGAGGGUAGUGCGGAAUUAGAUCUCUUUUUGAGGAAAUGGGAUUGGUUGAGCAUUGAAGACGAUGGAAAAGUUAGAUAA